UCCAGAGUGACACCACCGAAGAAGAAGCAGCAGCAGAGAACCGUUGCCGGGUUGACGACAGCAGCCGCAGCAGCAGCCGUUGUUAGCAGCUAGCGCCAUGGCGGCAGUGCGCAGCUUACGGGUGUCGGUGAAAUCAGACAGCGGCUCAGACCGCUCGGAAUCGGACUCUGACUCCGAAUCGGACAGAGAUGCCCGCGAAGCCGAGCCGAUGGAGGUGGAGGAUGGAGAGCUGGAGCCAGAGGACAUAUCCGUUAACCGUUCCCUGAAGGAGCUGCUGCCGGAUACGAGCCGGAGAUACGAGAACAAGGCUGGAGCGUUCAUCACUGGGAUUGAUGUCACCUCAAAGGAGGCGAUCGAGAAAAAAGAGAAGCGAGCAAGACGUUUCCAUUUCUGCGCGGGGGAGAGCACCAGUCAGAGGAACGUUUACCUCGAUAAAGAAGUCAUGAAGAAAGCUAUCCCCAGACUGCGUAUGGAGGCGAUCUAUGUAACAGGUGUGGACGACAUGAGCACACAGGACGUCUUCGGAUACUUUAAGGAAUAUCCUCCAGCUCACAUCGAGUGGAUCGAUGACACAUCCUGUAACGUGGUUUGGCUCGAUGACAACACUUCUGUCCGAGCCCUCGUCAACUGCAGCCGGUUACCUGACCCAGAGUCUGUUACCACGGAGACGGAGAGCACCGACCAGCCAGGCAAACAGAGCAAAGGUCAUCGGGCCCAAGGGUCGGACGAUGAAGAUGAAGAGGAAGAGGGAGAAGUGGACGAAGACGAGGAGGAGACGGCGAAGAAGAGCAGCGAGGAGAUCGAGGUGAAAGACAGCGAUGGAGAGGCGGAGCAGAAAAGCAAAGCGGAGGACGGUCAGAUGGACGACCUGUCGGGGGCGGAGAGAGAGUCUCUGCUGAGGAACGACCUGCGACCGGCCAUCAAACCCUUCAAAGGAAACAAGCUGUUCCUGCGCUUCGCCACCCUAGAGGAUAAGAAGGAGUUGGGCGCCGCUCGUCGCAGCAGAUACUACAUGAAGUACGGAAACCCGAACUAUGGAGGCAUGAAGGGAAUCCUCAGCAACUCCUGGAAGAGGAGGUAUCACAACCGGCGGAUCCAGAGAGACGUCAUCAAGACCAAGAAGCCUCUGAUCGGAGACAGCAUGGGACACACACCUCCGUACACACACCGACACUCCGCUGACCUGGUCAACCUGCCCGAGGAGCCCAUUAAGGAGGAAGAGGAGGAGGAAGAAGAGGACGAGGACGACGGCGAUGAGGACAUGGACUCAGACGACAGGGUGGUGGAGUACAAAGAGCGAGCGGAGCGGGAGAGAGGCGAGCGAGGCGGCAGCUCGCGCUCGCUGGGGGCGGGGCUUCGUAGCCGGGCGGAGCGCUCCCCGUCUCCAUGGUCGGAGUCAGACGAGAUGGACUACGACCUGGAGCUGAAGAUGAUCUCCACGCCGUCACCCAAGAAGAGCAAGAAGAUGACGAUGUACGCCGACGAGCUGGACACUCACCUGAAGAGCAUCCGGAACAGGAUCGGAGGUUCAGCAUCACAGAGCAGACCCAAAUCUGUGUCGCCCACCAAGGUGACGGACGUCCGCCAGCUGCUGGAGGAGAAACGAUCGGGUCACUCUCAGCAGAGCCGGCCCCCCCCAGUGGCCGCCAGUGGAAAGACAGAUGUCCGGCAGCGUCUGGGGAAAAGACGUUACUCUCCAGACAGAAGACGCUCCCCCUCCCCCGUCUCCCCCAGAGAGACGCCUCCAGCCAGAGAACCAAUCAGAGACGUGCAUCGCAGACUGGGCGUGGCCAGUCAAGACAACAGAGGCCUCUUCUCCAACUCAUCCAAAGACAGAAAGACAAGCGGCCUGUGGAGCAGACUCGGCUCCAGUGACGACGGCAGCGCCGGACAUCACGAGCGCAAAUCAAGCAGCCGGUCGGCGGGUCUCUUCUCCUCCUCCUCACCUUCAUCGAGCCGGAAUGAGAUUGCCAGCAGCAGCAGCAGGAGGAGACAAGCCGACGGAGAAGAGGAAGAGGAGGUGGAAGAGGAAGACGACUCAACCCUGCAGAAGAUGUGGGGCGCCAUGAUCAAAAAGAAACAGGAGCGCCAGACCCACAAGCUGAAGAAGAGCCGGCUGGACAACCUGCCGUCGUUGCAGAUCGAGAUCAGCCGCGACAGCAGCGACGACUCGGACGCCUGAAACUGAAACGGACAAAAACUAUGAGAGCAGACGGCUGAUCUGAGGCCAGCGGGAGGGUUUUCUUUCAUUGUUUCAUUUUUAACCUGCGGUCUGUGGAUGGAUCACUGAAGAGGCCCAACAUGCACAGGUCCAGGGGCCCGGAGGGUCAGCGGCCCCUGUCUGAAGUGACUGUUCUGAUCAGAGUCUCUCGUGUGGUCAUGAUCUGCUGUCGCUGCGCUAACUGAACCCGAGCCCGACCGAUACUUGUGUUUUGGCACCAAUACUGAAUUCAAGAAGUAAAAAUCAAAUGUGACAAUCAGCUGAUGUGGUUCAAACACACGACAAAGAUUUUACAGUUAAACAACAAACUCCACAACAACACCUGCGCACUGAAACAAUAAACUGCACUUGGAAUAGAGUGUAUCUCCCUGCAGUACGUUGAAUAUCAGACAACGUAGACCAGAUAUUAGACCGGCCCACUUAAUUAUCAGUCAGACUCUAACUAACACCUGUGAACUGCUUCACCUGUGAGUGACCCUGAACGAGACGCAGAACAACCACGAAGAAGAAGUUAAACAAUGCAGCCAAAAAGAAUUCCUGUAAACCUUAAAACAGCUCGUAUACUUUGUUUUAAUCUCAUGAACUCUUGUUGUCGGUCGUUGUUACGCCUUUUCAAAGUGGGUUCGGCUCAUUUUAUAAUCCAUCCAGGCUGUCUGUAUAUUUGAGGAACCGUUCGACCUAAAAUUAAAACCACUUGUUGUUCCUCUGCUGUAGAGAUGUCUACUUCUCUCCACUGUCAUGGAACAGCGUCUCUUUCCAGAAGUCAUGACCCGUUUACCCGAGAUGAUCCACAGAGCUCGCUGUGAGCAGUUUCAUGAAGGAACAAUUUUUUUUUCCCGUGUCACUGAGCAGAAGGAGGCGCUGCGACUCAUGGACAAGAGGCGAGCUGACGAUGGCGCUCAGCUGAGGAGGACUUUAAACCUCUCGUCCGUGAGGAGAUGCAUCUGUUCUCCUGCACAGUGAUGCUGGUUUUCUAAGGAGGCACUUGUCAGUUAAAGGGGAGAUAAGAAGUCAUCAAGGGAUAAAAUGAUACAUAAAUUUUGAAUAUGAGUGUUAACUUUUCUUUAGUUUUUCUUCUGUCUAAACUGAAUGUUCCUCCGUAUAUUAGUCAGUGGAAGUCAGUAGAAAGAAAAUAGUUUCUCUAUGAAGCCGCUCACAACAACCUGUCGUCUGUCUUCAGGUGGUGAUUUCUGUAAAGACGUGCUGAGUUCACAUGUAUUUUAACAGGAAGAAUAAGUGUUUUGAUUUUGGGUCGAACUGUCCCUUUAAACAUCUGCUGACACUAACCAGACAGAAACCUUCCAGAAUCAUUACUCAGUUGCUUUCUUGUCAGGAUGUAGCCGAGCAUCAUGGGAAACCUGGUCGGAUGCUCUGGAUGUGAUCUAUAAAUCAUUCCUGCGUUACCAUGGAGAUGACGGACGCCGUCGGCCUCGUCAUUGAUGACCGCUGACUGUGUGACGUCAUCAGGCCGCGGUGUCCUCUGAGACCUGAACCCUCAGCCUGGUGGUCGGAUCGAUGCCCCGCUCGGGACCAACACUUUAAGCUUUUCGUCAUCGAUGUCGGAUCCCGUUCAAAACUUCAUUUACAAAACGUGUGUUUUUACGUUGACUGAGCGGCGCCCUGAUGUUCAGUCGUGUCUUCCUGUGGACGGUGACGGGAUGAUGGAGGACAAAGACAUGAGAGGGUCGAUAACAGAUCCGGUCAGACUGACGACGACUUCUCCUGGUUUCUCUUCGUGUUUUUCCUCUUGAAGCAGAACUGAUGAACAGACUCUUAGAAAAAGAGACAGAGUUUCUGAUGUGUGGAUUAUUUUCUGAUGGUAAAAAUGUUAAACGUGAACAUUUGGUACAUUUUUUAAAUCCCGUUCUGUGUCAGUUUGUGGAGAAACAGAUUCAGACCGUCUGAAUGAGUCGCUCACAUCUUCUGUGUUUUUUCUGUUUGUUAUUUUUUUAAUUGAAACUUUGGGGCCACACUCGUCCGAUGACAUCACUGCUGGUCAUCAAAUGAGAUCAUUAUUAAAAUGUUGGCUGGUGAAUAAUUUUA